AUCUUAGCGCGUACCAAUCGGCGAAAAGUGGAGCGGCGCGGGUAUUUCACGCACGCCAGACACAAUCGGCGGCGAGGGAAUCCUCACUCUGUCCUCGACCACGGUCACGAAGCCAUCGCUUGGACAUCAAGCACGAUGAGGAGCGUAUAUUUGAUCGUUUUGCUAGCGAUCCACGGCGUGCACCAUGCAUCAGCAACCUUCAACUUUCCAUCGUUCGACGGAGCUCAGCCGUUAAUGAGCGCGUUGGGCAGCAUGCAGCAGUAUUUAUUUGGGGGCGGAGGGGGGCCGGGCAGGGUGGUGAAGAGCGCGGCGAGCGAGCCAGCGUUCGCGACCGCCACCGUUGGCUACGGCACCAUCCUGAAGAACCCGACGCCCAUGGUGAAGGGGUCGCCGUACGGGCCGCCAAGAGCCCCUCUGCGUCGGCCAUCGCGCCCAUUUCCGCGCCCACCCAGCAAUAAGUAUCCGCCCUUCAAGGGGGGCUACUACCCCAAGUUCAAGCCGCUCGGCUCGUACGAGAAAGUGAAGCCAGCGGUGGUGGAAUACAAGCAACCCUCAGGCGGAAAGGAACACCACCCUGCGCCCCACAAGCAAUUCCAGCCGUAUGAUUACACCAGGAGCCAACAUUCAGUGCACAACUCGUACACAGAGGCACCAGAGGAGGCGACCAAGAGCAACGCGGAGAUCGUGCAGCAAAGUUUCCGGCCGCCGAUCCACUUUUACCAGCAGCCGCAUGUGGCUACCUCGCACCAGGUGUCAAACCUGAACGUCAAGGCGUCGGCCGCGCACCACCACCACUACCAACAGCAGCAGCAACAACACCACCAACAGCCGCAGCAGCAACAUCAGCAGCCGCACCACCGCUCGGACAACGUGGUCGACUUUUCGCGACCAGACCCUGUCUUCACGGCGGCCACCAUGGGCUCCGACUGGAAGCCGAUCAGCUCGCCCGUCAGUAGAGUAACCGUGUCUGAGCGUAGGAGCGACCCUCUGAUGCACAAGCAGGUGGAGCCGCCGCCGACGAUUAAACGGCAGUACGAAGUGCACAGCAUGCAGAAGCAGCACAUCGUCGACCGGUCUGGACACGGCUUUGUCGACGACGAUCCUUCGGAGGAGGUCGUCUCGGCCGUGGUUUUCGUCAAGAAAACCAACGACGAUUGAUCAUAGAAGGAGAAACGAAAAAGCAGUACAAAGACGAGGCGAAUCAAACACUUGCACUGCCCUUUGUAUUCUGAUUUCAAACGAGUUCCUGGCGAUCGGAAAUGGAAUUCUUGGAAAGUUGGCUUUUCUGUCUCCAAAAAAUUUGUGCACUAUACAAGCAAAUAUUUUAUUCACAUUA